AUGGUCUCAACUCUUUUUGUAGUUUACAAUCAUUUUUUUUUUCUAAUUUGCAAAGGUCCUGCUCUCUACGCCUACAACAAUGCAGCAUUCAGUGCUGAAGACUGGGAAGGGAUUCAGAAGGUAGGACGGAGUGUGAAACGCAAUGACCCCAACAAAGUCGGGAGGUUUGGAAUCGGUUUCAACUCUGUUUACCACAUUACAGAUGUGCCAAGUAUAUUCAGUUCAGAGCACCUUGCCUUUAUGGACCCUCAAGAAAAAAUAUUUGGAAGUGGUGGUUUCUGGUUGUCUUUAGAAGAUGAAGAAGACCAAGGAGUCCUGAUGAAUAUGUCUGAUCAGUUUCAACCAUUUCAAGAUAUAGUUUCACUAGUAAGUGGACAAAAGUGGUCAAAAGUCAUCACUGAGGAUCAACACUUUGACGGAACCAUUUUCAGAUUCCCCUUGCGCAACAGAGCAUCAAAGAUUUCAGACAAUCUAUAUGACUCCAACAAGGUGGUCGAGCUUUUCGAUAGCUUCAUUGCAGAUGCAGAAUUAAGCCUCCUGUUCCUGAAGAAUGUGACCUCUGUUUCCUUGAUACAUAUCGACGUACACGGAACUGUUAACACCAGACUUGAAGUGAAAUCCUCAUCAGAUGUCCCAUCAGAUGUCAUGUUGGAGUCCGAAGACACGUCAGUGAUUAAAAGUUCAACAGCAUUCAAACUGAUAACCCUCAACUCAGAAGAACACAAAGAAUCGAAGUGGCUUGUGACAGCAUGCACACUGAAAGAAGGCAAUGUAGAAAAUCUUGAUUCACUAGCAAAGAAGUUGAGCUUUUUUCCUCAAGUUGACUUGGCGUUCUUUUGUGGUGAGAAGAGAGACAACAGUGAGAGUCGACUGAGCUGCUUCCUCCCUCUUCCAAACAAUGAAUCAAACAAGACAGGACUCCCAGUUUAUGUCAACGCAUGCUUUGGCCUCACAGACAACAGAAGGCACAUUAAAUGGCAAGAGGAAGACCAGAAACAUGACGAGCAUGCUGUAUGGAAUGAACUGCUGAUGAAGGAGGUGCUUCCAAAGGCGUACGUCCAGAUCAUUCAGGAUGCCAUCAAACUCGCACAAGAAUCUACUCUGCCGGUCUCCUCUGUGUACGAUCUGUGGCCAGAUGUCGACCAGAUAAGGCACAGACAAAAAUGGUAUGGAGUUUCCCUGGAUGUUCUUCAUCACUUAUUCAGACAGAAUGUGGCCGUCCUUUCACUUGCCAAAGAUGAAAAAAAGUUCAUCACCGUGUCAGAAGCUGUGUUUCCCUGUAACGGUCCAACAAGCUCAGACAUACUGGCCGCAAUCAAGAGAACCUUGGUUUCCUGUGGAGAAAAGCUUGUCACUUUACCAGGUAGUGUUGCAGGAGCUAUAAAAGAGGCGUACCCACACUUCAGCACCCUGAAAUAUGUGACCCCAGCUCUCCUAAGGGACAUUCUCCGCAGAAAUGGUGUCCUAAAGAGUGUCUCUAAAGAAGAUAAACUGAGCCUUUUGGAGUUCAUUUUGAGUGAUAAAGAAUACAGAGAGCUCGAGGGUCUUCCGAUGCUUCCACUCAGCGAUGGCUCUUUCAGGUCUUUCACAGACAGAGAUGAGGACACUGCUUUGAUUGACAGUGACAGAUUUCCAAGAGUCCUGCUUCCAUGCUGCAAGAACCUCUUCAUCCCAGACGAUCUCAGUCCAGUUUGCAGUACCCACUUGAAAGAAAUGGCCAAAAAAAAUCUUUUCAAGGUCUUCAACAUCGAUGCGGACAAGGUGGCUCAGUAUAUGAAGAGCUAUUUGCCACACGACUGGAAGCAGACAAGAACAGGGCUUGUUACCUGGGACACAAGCAGCAGCCAACAUCCACCUUUAAACUGGCUCCAAGAAUUCUGGACAUUUCUCAACACUCACUUCAAAGAGUUAAGUAAAUUCACUGGAAUGCCUUUAAUACCGGUUAGUCCACUGCGUUAUGGUCAAUCUGUAUCACUAGCAAGACUACAGCAAAAUACAUCCCUCAUUUUUCAGAGCAGCAAACAGAUAAACUUGCCAGAACAAAUAGCUCUGUUGGUGGACAAAGUCGGUGGCACAGUGGUGAGAGGAAAUGAGUGGCUCAAGCAUGAAGAUCUGGACUCAUAUGUACUGUGCCCAUCUCCAAAGAGUGUCAUGAAAGUCUUUAUAAAUUUAGAUACUCAAGAACUCAUCAGAGAACUCAGGACAGCCUCUCAUGAAGCACGAGAAGAGCUUAAAGAGUAUCUGUCUCAUCUGGAUUCUCUCUCAGUAAAUGAGAAAGAUUUACUGUCUCAGUUGCCUCUGUUUCAAACUAUGAAAGGAUCCUGUGUUGCAGCUCAAUCAAAACAGGCUGUGCUGCUUAUUUCUGGUCUAACAGUACCAACCAAGUUCCCAAUGCCUGAUUCAGUUGUAAAGUGUGCAACUGAAGCUGAUCGCAGACUGUUACAGCUGCUCAAAAUUAAUCUCUUAGACACAGCUGGAGCAGGAAAUAUCCUCCUUGACAGUAUUGAGAGGGGAACUUGCAGCAAAGAAGACACUCAGAACAUUAUGGCUUGGAUCUUACAGCAUGGUAAAAUCCUGUUCUCUCAUAAUCAGACCUUGAAAAGAAAAUGCAAGGACUUGAGUUUCAUUGAAGUGAAUGGAGGCCUAAGAAAGACGUCAAGCUUUUUUGAUCCAACGAUGCAAACUUUUAAGGGCAUUUUCGAGUCCGAUUUUUUCCCACCACCUUUCUACACAAAAACAUCCCAGAUGCUUGAAAGCCUAACAGAUCUUGGAUUGCUAAAUAAAGAAGCAGAUGUGGCACCAGUUCACUUGCUACAUGCUGCCAAACUCAUUGAAAACCAGAAGGUUGCCUCCCAAAUGGAGGCUCUCAAAAGAGCCCAGGUCCUCUUAAAGAUGUUGGACACCAAUGAUCUUCUGUCAAAGUUUUCUCAUGAGCAGCUGGAGUGCCUCAAAAAGCUAAAAUGGGUACCAGGUACAAAACCUGGUAAUGACAAAAAGAACAGUCAUGAAAAAUCCCCCAAAAGUUGUUUCUUUUGUCCAGAUGAAAUGAGACAUUCUAUGUAUGAUGACAUUGUGGGGCAUGUCAUGCCUCUGGUGGGAGAGUUCAGUGACAGAGUUAGCAGACAAUUUGGACUCAAAUGCCCACCCCCACCUCAAAAAGUAAUAGAGAAUUUGACAGUAUUGAUAUCAAAAGCAAAGAAAAUGACUGAUCCUGACACAGAUGUGGAUUUCAAAAAGCAGUUGCAUAGCAUUUACAAACACAUGCAAGACCACAUCUCUGAAUUUACAAAAAUAAUGACAAAGGACACAUGCUGGCUUUGGAGCCACAAUCAGUUUGUAUCACCACAGGAUCUGGUUCUUGAAUACCCACGUAAUUUAGAUCUGAGCUCUCACAUUGGGAAGGUGCCAAAUGAAUUCCUGCCCUACAAAGGGUUGCUCCAAAAGUUUGGACUUCGGACUAGGCUUUCAGAUGAAGAAAUUGUUGGCAUUCUUUCUUCUAUCCAGCAUUCUAUUGAAGGGAGGCAAGACACAUGUGCAAGUUCCUCUGAGAUAAAAGUGUCAAUAGAAAUCCUAAACUGGCUGUGGAGAGAGAAGAAGAUAGUUGUAGAUGAUAUCCCAGUGCCAGUCCUGACAGAGGGUGAACAAUAUACCCUUAAACCCCUAUCAACAGCUGUCUUCUGUGAUGUCAGUAAAAGUGGGUUGAAAGAACUUGAUCACAGCCAGGAAGAAAUUAACGUCAUUCAUGAGGAAAUCCCAAAAGCUACUGCAGAAUGGCUGAAUAUGCACUUUCUCAGUUCCUACAUCCUUGCUCCAGAGUUAGUGGAAAUAGAACAGUGUGGACAAUCUGAACCGAUAACAACAAGGAUUAAAAACAUUCUCAAAGAGUAUGACGAAGAAAGUGACAUCUUCAAGGAGCUCAUUCAAAAUGCAGAGGAUGCCGGGGCAAAAGCCUGCAAGUUCUUGGUGGAUUUCAGAGUCCACAAAGAUGCCCCUGAAAGUCUCAUUGACCCUGACAUGAGCCUUUGUCAGGGACCUUGUCUAUGGGCAUUUAAUAAUGAGCAGUUCUCAGCAGAAGACUGGGAAAAUAUUGUCAGGGUUGGCUCUGCCUCAAAAGAAAACAAGGCAGAGAAAAUAGGAAAGUUUGGACUUGGAUUCAACACUGUGUAUCAUUUGACAGAUAUUCCCUCCAUCCUCAGUGGCAACCACCUUCUCAUCCUGGAUCCAAAUGUAACUCACCUCAAGAAAUGCAUCAAACAGAAAUCAAAUCCUGGAAUAAAGCUGGAUCUCUCCAAGCAACGACUAUUUGAUUGGUUUCCUGGCCAGUUUGGGCCAUAUGAAGGCAUUUUUGACUGUAACUUCACCAGACAGAGGCUUCCUGAACCCUAUCCAGGCACUCUGAUCAAACUACCUUUCCGAACUGAAGAAGAAGCCCUCAAGUCAGAAAUAAGCUCAAAUGUGUACCACAAAGACCGUAUUGUCACUUUUCAACAGGACUUUAUCAGGAAUUCACAAACUCAUCUUCUUUUUCUGAAGAAAAUCAAUACAUUGUCUCUUCAAAGUAUUGCUAAUAAUGUAUCUACUCCGCUAAGAGAUGAUGAAAAAAAAUCCCUCCUUACUCUCUCCAAAACCACUUUCAGUACAAUGAUGAUUCCUGAUGAGAACAGUGAGUCAAAGCAGCUUCAAGCUGAACAAUCAUUAAAGAAACUUGAUGGAAAAUGCAAAGAGAUAAUUGACUGCUGCAAAGUCAACAUUGUCCAAAUGACAAGUGAGCAAUCUGGUGUGACUGAAGUCCAGUCCUGGCUCCUGUAUAACUGUUUUGGAACAGAUCAGUCUUUGCAAAUGGCACUGCAGGAAAACAAACAAUCAAAGUUCUCUUUACCCAUCGGGGGAAUCGCAGUGCCUGUGCAAAAUGAUCCAGGAACUGGUAAAUUUGCCCCUCGACAAACAGAUCUUGUUGGACAGGCAUUUUGUUUCCUUCCUCUGUCCAUUCAGACAGGUCUUCCAGUCAAUGUAAAUGGAACAUUUGCUGUGACAAGCAACCGAAAAGGUCUGUGGGAGAGUGGAGUAAAACAUGAAUGGAACAAAGCCCUUCUUCAAGAUCCUACAGUGACAGCAUAUGUUACUUCACUCCUGGCACUAAAGAAAAUGUCUGAAGACCAACAACUGGAAAGUUACCAGUAUCACACCUUUUGGCCUGACAGAGAGAAAGUGAGUGAAACAUUUAAGCCUUUGGUGGAUGCAUUUUACAACGCCAUUGCUCAGCCCUCUACAGGUCCAAAGCUCUUUAGCGAUGGAGAACAUUGGUGCUCAAUGAACAGUGCUAUAUUUCUACACGAGAGCAUUGAAAAGGAUAAAGACAUCAGUCAACUUGCAGUGCAGGUGUGCAAGACAAUUGCAAAAGAACCCAACCAUGUUGUCCCUCUUCCACUGUGGUUAAGAAAUGGCUUCAAACAGGCUGGCCUGGAAAAGAUUCUACAGGACAGAACAUGGUCCUGGGAGAAGUUUUACGAAGAAGCAGUGUUCAAGAACCUUGGUACCAUGGAUCAAGAGAGUAGAGAUACUCUUGUACUGCAUGCCAUUGAUCUAAACAUCAAAGAAAUUGACAAUUUACUGGUCCGCUAUCCAUGCAUUCCUACAAAAAGCAGCCAGCUCCAGUAUAUCACUAAACUUGUGAAUCCAUCAGGGAAAGUGGCUUCUCUCUUUGAACCAGAAGAGGGACGCUUGCUUGGUGGUACCAAUAAAGACUUUCGUGCUCCAAAAAGGAUUCAACGCUUGAUGGAACUUGGAAUGGCAAAUGAUAAUCUCCCUUUAGAAGACAUCACAGAGAAAGCAGCUGCAAUCACUAAAAUCUGGGGCACUGAUAAAGAAAAAGCAUAUGGGCAUUUGAAGUGUCUUCUUGACCUUAUGAAGAGUCACUUGUAUGACGAAGACUCUCCUCACUGGGAAACACUGAGAAUUACUGAAUUUCUCCCAGCAUUUUCCCCUAUUGGUACAAAAAAGGAAAAUGUCACACUUAGAAGACCUACUGAUAUUUUUAGUGACAACUGCUCCCUACUUGUUAACAUGAAAAAACCAGUGCUGGAUCAUACGAAUCUGAAAAUACACAGCAAUGAUCCAGUCCUGAGAAUGUUGGGAGUUCAUGACAGUCCAAGCCUUGAGGAAGUGUUUCAGCAGCUGCAAGAAGCAUGUAAGCGAAAUAAAUCUACUGACGGAUCCAUGCUUCAGCAAAUAGCAUAUCAAUGCUACAAGUUUCUUGAUCAGUGGCUCUGUAAUUCUGGGGAUUCCAGCUUCAUUUCAGAAAGGGCAAAUUCAUUUCAGUUCAUUCUGGUUGGCAGUACAUUUGUAAAUGUGAACCGUGUAGCAGAAAAUGGGCAAUUUGAAGCAAAACCCUACCUCUACAUACUUCCACCCACCUUCAGCUUGUUCAAGAGGCUCUGGGAAAGUGUAGGUGUUGAAAAACAUUUUACACUCAGUCAGUUUGAAACUGUGCUUCAAGAAUUGCACACUCAACAUGGCAACAAGCCCCUGCCAAAGAAUGAUCUAUCACUUUGCCUCACAAUUUUCAAAGGGAUCUAUGAGGCCGAAGAGAAACCAACGGGAGACUUUCUGAUACCCAAUGACCAUGGUGUAUUACAACCUGCAAGUAAGAUGUUUUACAAUGACAGCCCAUGGUUGCCAGAAGUGGCUUCAGGUGUCACAUUGUGUCACAAAAAUAUUUCACGUGCAAUGGCUCGCCAUUUCGGAAUUAGAACAACAAGGCAUCAUACCCUGAAAAACUGCACAGUUGAGAACACUUCACCAUUUGCAUUUCACUUUGAACAGCAGGAACAACUAACUGUUCGUAUUAAGAACAUCAUUUCAGCCUAUCCAGCAAAGAAGGAUAUCCUUAAGGAGCUUAUCCAAAAUGCUGACGAUGCAGAGGCAACAGAAAUUAAUUUUGUGUGGGAUAAACGACAGCAUGGCAAAGAAAAAACAUUUGGAAAGAAAUGGAACUAUCUGCAGGGCCCAGCACUUUGUGUGUUCAACAACAAAGUGUUUUCUGAUGCUGACCUGAAAGGCAUUCAACAGCUGGGGGAAGGAGGAAAGCACAACUCUGCAGGAAAGACAGGAAAAUACGGAGUUGGAUUCAACUCUGUGUACCAUCUCACCGACUGCCCCGCAAUCCUCACUGGAGAUGAACUACUCUGCAUUUCUGAUCCUAAUCAAAAAUACAUUGAGAGUUAUUCAGACGAAGCACUAGUUGGCACUGGCUAUAAACUAGUUGGCAAUUUCAAGAACAUGUACAUGGAUGUCUACAAUUCAUUUUUGCCAGAAAAUUUUUCUCUGAAGGAUGGUACCAUGUUCAGAUUACCCCUAAGGAUGGGUACAAUGGCAAACAGCUCCAAAAUAUCAAAUCAAGGAGUCACUGACCAAGAUAUGAGAGAACUAUGCUCUGCCCUCGCUGAAGAUCCUGAAGGACUCAUUCUGUUUCUGAAAAACAUCCGCAAAAUACAAGUCCAUGAAAUCAAUGAACGCUCAGGGAAACUGGAAACCACUUUUGCAGUUGAAAAAAGUGUUCCACAGAGUAGCAGAGAGAAGAAAGAUGCUUUUGUACAACUCAGACAAAAUGCACUGCAAUCAGACAAACCAACAAUGCCAGACAAAGCCAUCUAUGGAACUGUGAUUUCAACCUCAGAUAAAAGAGAAAGUAGGUGGCUCAUUGCCGAGCAGUUUGGCUCAUUCAAAAACAGCGGAGGAAAAGCAGUAACUUCAACAGAGAUACUUCCCCAGGCAGCAGUAGCAGCUCGCGUGAGCUCUAAGCUUGGUAACACUUCAUGCAUUGCACCAUCCAGCUAUAUGGAUUUUAUUGGAGAAGCAUUUUGUUCACUUCCUUUGCCAGGGAAAACUGGACUGCCAGUGCAUGUCAAUGCAAACUUUGAGGUAGAUUCAGCCAGGAGAAGCCUUUGGAAAGAAGAUGGGCAAAGUCAAAAGUCUAACUGGAAUGAAUGUUUGAAACAUAAUGUCAUUGCACCACUGUAUGCAGAUCUCCUUCAUUACAUCAGCUGUAAUAUUCCGGAUAAGAAAGUCUCUACUGCAAGUAUUGAGUCACGCUUCAGUAGCUUGUACUUGUGCUUUUGGCCAUCUGUGUCCCAGGAUGUUGGUCAAGAGUGGCAUGAAAUGAUACAUGAAGUAUACAAAUCAGUCAAAGAAAGAGGCCUCAAGGUGAUUCCGGUUUUGAGGAGUUCAACACGUACUAUUGCUGACAGAGAAAUACGAGAGUACUCGUUUGAGUGGCGUGACAUCAGAGAAACUGAACCAACAAAGCAACUGUACAUGACACACUCGACAUACGAUGAGAUUCAUCUCAUUUUGGAAGGACUCGGAAUGGAAUUGGUUCCAUUUUCCAUGGAAAUGAUAAAAGUGUGGAAUGGUUUUAGAUCGGCUGGCAUUGAAGUAAAAGAUGUGAAUCCAUCAACUGUGCAGACUUUCCUGAGAGAAAAACCUAUCAAUGACCCAGCCCAGACUGACCAGAACUUACCCCUGCAUAUAACUGAAACUCUGAUCAGAAAUGAAAAAAGAUGUUCAAAGCUCCUGAGUUUCUGCCUAAAAGUGUCCCCCUCAAAAACUAUAACCAAGGUUGAUUCUGGUUUACUAGAUGGGCUUCCGCUGCUUCUCACAAGAGAUAAAGUUUUAAGACUGUUUAACUCGGAGUCUCCAAAACUGAUAUCAAGAUAUGAGAGACUCUUCUCUGGCAAUGAAGAUAAAUUUGCAGAUUAUGAGACCAACAAAGAACAUAUUUGUGUUCUAAAAACCUUGAACUUUGUUAAAAGUUUGACACUUCCAGAGGCAGCAGAAUACCUGAAACCUCUUACUGAACAACUUCUGAAUGAAUGUGAUGUUGACCCAGACAGUGGCCUUCAUGUCCCAAACGAAACAAUGUGGAAUUGGUUGAAUCCCCUUUGGAAGUUCUUAACAAGCCAAAUCACAACUGUCACAUCUAGUGAUGAUGAAAAGUCAAAGUCAAGUGUGAAGAUGAGUGAUGUGAAGCAGCACUUCAAUGACUGCUGCAUUCUACCAGUUGUGUGUCCAAGGUUGAAAAACAAGUACCUCCUGCAAACAAUGAAAGACAUGCCAAGUGUGAUUCGGUUUGCCCUAGACACAGACAUAUCGAGCAUCCUCUUCAAGCUGGGUUUCAUGAAGCUUAACAACCUAUUCUUCUCUGAUGCACUUCAAACACAGGAGCGUUCCCUUCUACACGCUGAACUUAUGGAUGUCAAUGAUAAAAGCUCUGUGUUGGACCAGGUCUACAAAGUGAGUCACUCAGAGUUUUCCAAGCUUUCCGAUGACAACUUUAAAGAGCUUCAGCAUUUCCUGCAGUCUGGACUAUCUAAGUCUGAAGACAAACAACAGUAUCAGAGAAAGCUGAAAUCUUUGCCAGUAUUUGAAACCAUACAUGGUACCCGAGUGAGGAUCGAUGGACCAAAAGAGGUAUUUAUCCUCAACAGCAAAUGUUCAAAGUCUUUUCCAGAUUUGUUUUCCCUGCAGGACAGCAACAGCAUUUUUCUGCAAAACAAUCCAGAAAACUCAAUGCUGUCACAAUCUCUGGACAUUAAAAUCCUUGAUGACUUGGAGUAUUUCAUGAAGUUCAUUCUGCCUGUUGUACGCACACUCACAGAGGGGCAGCUGAUUCACUGCCUCAAACUGUUGCUGUCACCCGAGCUCAAUUUCAGUUUUUUUAAGGAGAGGGACAAAGUCAUCUCCUCAUUUAAGACAGUGAAAUUGAUUUGCAAUUCUCAAGGCAUAUUGGAGACAGCAUCAUAUUACUUUGAUGAUGGUGUUGAGCUAUACCAGAAAAUGUUGCCCCAAGACAGAUUUGUGCCUGAGAAAAUUUGGACUGAGUUGUGUCAUCAAGAGACAUCAAGAGACAGACCAAAGAAGUUACUCCAAGAACUUGGAAUGAAGUAUGUUGUGUCAAAAGAUGACAUUAUAAAUUUUGCUCACCAGAUAGAGUCAGAGGCAAAAGGAAAUGUUCCACUCAAAGAGUUAAAACAGAAAUCAUCAUUACUUAUCAGAGCAGCCUUCUCCAUAGUGAGUAAAGACAAAACCAAAGAGGAAAAUUUGCUGGAGAUCAUAGCUGACAUCAAGUUCAUUUUUCCCGUGGAAAUUCGAAAGGAACUAUGCAACUAUCACCAACCAUUUGCUGCAGAGAGAACUACUGUGGCAAUCAGAGGAUCAAUGAUGGAAGGAGAUCCCAAGCAUCAAGAACUGCUUUGGUCUUCAAUGCCAAUCAUACAUCUACCGUUUAGGGACAAAAACCUCCUGAAAAAGAUGGAAAAUGCUGGAGCUCAUGAACAACCACCAUCCCAAUGUGUAACCAAAAACAUGAGCAACAUCUGCCAGUCACCCUGUGAAACUGACAGCUUGCUCAAAACUCGUGCUAAUGUGUUUCGAAGUUCAUACGCUUAUCUACAAGGGGAGGAGUUUGAAGGUAAAGCACUGGCUGGUCUGCCUGUUGUGUUGGUUGAAAGAGACACAGAGCUUGUGAGGGCUGAUAAUACCGCUUUUUCAUUCGACAAUUCCUUAGAGUUCAGGCCAUAUUUGCACAAAAUUUCUCCACAGGAUGUGAAGUACGAAGAAUUCUUCAAGAGAAUUGGUGUAAAUGACAAACCUACUGCAUUGCAGUAUUGUAAUGUACUGGCAGCUGUUCAUACAGAUUCCCAUGACAAACCACAACUAAACCCAAACCAACAGAAAACUAUGAAACGUGCAGUUCAGCUGCUUUUUCAGUUAAUAGAAUCUCAAGAAAAUCCAUCCUUCAUUGAUGAUGUGAAGACUCUGUAUCUUUCUGCUGCUGAUGGCAAAUUGUAUCCAUCGUGCAACAUCUACUACAAUGACACAGUGUUCCAGACUAAAAGGUUAGAAGAAGCACUAAAGGACAAGUUCCUAUUGCUUGAGAAACUCAGUGAAUGCUAUUUGGGAAAAGAUGUCUAUAAGCAUCAUCGGUUGCUCCAAUUGCUGCCUCAGAAGUUACAGCCAAAAAUGCUGUCUCAGUACACAGAAGAGAAAAUAGUAGAAUCAAACAUGCAGCUUUGUGAGAUUGUGACUGAGUGUGAAUUUAGUGGAUGGUUUGAAAAACAUCUUUCCUCUGUCGGGUUUACACAUGGACUGAUUUGUCUUAUCAGAGAGCAGUCAAAUGGAGAAAUAACAGAUGAAGAAGCUGCUGACAUGUGCCGGAAGACUUUUGGCAGAAUUCAGAUUGUCUGCUGCAAAAGCCUGAAAACAGAGCUUUGGGUGGAUAAACAGCCCCUACACAAAACUGCCAGGGAAAGAGAUGUGUUUGUCAAACAAGAGCAACAAGGUUGUAUCUUUUACUUAAAACACCAUGACAAUAUGCAUCCCAAGAAGUUAAAUACCAUCGGCAUGACAUUGUCACGGGGGAUUCAUUCGAUCUUAGGCAACAGGAUUGCAUCAGAACAUAUCCCGGUCCUUGGACAGUUUCUCAUGUGUGACACUCUGCAAGAUGUUCAGGAAAUUCUUGCCGAUAAUGGGAUUCAUGACUGUGCCGGAACUAAAAGUUUCCCCCUUGACCCACCACUUCCUGGAACAGUUAUUCCAGAGGAAUGGCAUGAUUCCUUGGACCAGAACAUCCUCAAUAACUUCGAAGAGGGAGAAUAUGUUGGCUACAGCACUGACACUGAGUAUAUUUAUGCUAUCAUUGUUGAAGAACUGUCUGGUCACUCUGGACAAUAUUCACGACGAUACAGAAUAGAUAUUGGAGAAGAUGAGCCAACUGAAGUCAGCUGUCUUGACCUGUUUCAGUUUAAAUGUCAAAAAAAGCCAGCUCCCAAAGGCACGACAAAUUCUUGCAUGGAGUUGGAGCUACUAGCAGGAGCCGUGCCUCAUUCUUCUCAUCCAUCGACCUCAAGUUCCUCAAGUUCCUCAUCUUCCAGAUCCUUACCAAACUCCAUUGAUGAAGCUAAAAGUGAAAUUGACAGAUGCUUAGGAGAGAUCUGGACUCUGCCUGAGGAGGAGAGGCAUAAAGCCAUCAAACGUCUGUACCUGAGAUGGCAUCCUGACAAAAACCCAGACUGCCAAUUACUCGCCACUGAGGCGUUCAAAUAUUUGCAGAAUAAAAUUGAUGAGCUCAGCAAAGGCAAAGGAAGUGGGAAAGGUGCAGGCUCAGGCUCGGGCUCAUCUUGUCCAAGGGGAAACGCUAAUUUCAGCCACUCAGAUUUCAGCGACUUCUUUCGUCAGUGGAAUCAGGAAGCCAGACGUCACAGACAUAGUCGAGAGAGUUAUUCUAGACGGCACCAUUCCUACAACUUCUGGAGCCAUAAUGAAAAUGUCCCGAGGCCAGACAGAGAUGAGGCCAAGCGUUGGUGCAGACAGGCUCGCUGUGAUCUCAAUGCAGCUCACAAAGACACUGGUGGUGGGAGCAAAGAGUGGUGCUUGUUUAAAGUCCAUCAAGCAGUGGAAAAGUCUCUUAUAGCUGCAGGGUAUAAAAGGGAUGGUCAACAUCUUACAAGCAGCUCCAUUUCAGCCAUGGCUGCAAAAGUUUCCCUCUACAACCUUCAACUGAGAGUUUUGCCUAAAAUUGUUGAUGCUCUGAGGAUGCUAGGAGUCGACGCCAAAAAGACUCAGUAUCCAAACUGCCACCAAUUUCCCCAUAUUCCAAAUGAGCAGUUCGAAUCAAAGGAUGAAACCCUAGCAAUCAGCAAGGCAUCUGAACUUCUAGAUAUAGUGGAGGCAUAUGUGAACUAAGGAUUCAAGACAAACUGGCAUUUCCUGUUAGUCAGUUUAAUAUCAAAGUUUGAUCUUAGAAUAUAAGACAAAAAAGAAAAGGAUCAGACAGACUGAAGUGAAAAUGUUUUUUCUUUCUAUUUUCUAAAAGGCUAUCCAAUGUAUCACGAGAAAUAUGUUUAAAUGUAGAUGUCAAGGUACCACUCACUGAUGACCAAUAUUAUCACUUAAUGUCUCUAUGAUUUGCUAAAUGUCACUUUUCUUUAAGGUAUCAUUCAUAACAAGCUGCUUGCUGAGGGUAAGAGCGUGCCUCUAUGGCUUUCUUGAAAUGUUAACUGUACAUUGAUAACACUUGUGAUCGAUGUUAUUUCUCUGUUUUACUGUUUGGAAUAGCGAGGAUUUUAUUUUUUAUUAUUCAUUUAAAACGGCCCAACAAGAAACAAUUGAAGACAUUUCUGACUUUGUUUUGGCAAUAUUGUAAACAUAGAUACUCACUGAUGACCAAUACGAUGAACAUUGUGUUAUGACAACAGAGGCAUUCAAUUAGUUUCUCUUCUCAUUUCUGUGUGACUGUUAAGACUAUUCCGAUAUUUUCUUUUUUUUAAAUGUUAAGAUAACUUCUCUUUGUGGAUCAACAUAAUUACUAUGACUUUCUUUUCUAAAAAUUACAAUUUGAAUUUAUUUUGCAUUGUUGUGAACAUUUAUAGCCUAGAUGGAUCACUGUACAACUUGAUGGUUUAUUAUCCAGAACUACUCAGUUAGAUUCAGUAUAAACACUGUACUACUUUUUUUAUGCUGUUAUUAAAAUAUUGUUUUUUUUCCACCUUGAAAUUGUUAAAUAAAAAUGAUUAAAAACAAA